AGAGGUGUAUUUGAGAGAUCCAAGAACAGACAGCACUGAGGGGAGGGCAGAAAACACGCGCACACAGACUUAGUCCCACCUAUUUCUUAUUCUCAGACAGAGUGGGAACAGAUCUCACUGAGGAAGAUGCAUCUCUACAUCCAAGGAGCGCUCAGGAAAAGUACAUGAGGAAAGAGGAGCAGGAUUUGACAAGACAGAGAGGGACAUCUGCAUAUUUAUUCUGCAGCAAAGGACACUAAAACAGCAGCCCUAAACCCUGACAUCCACUCUGUCUCCUGCAAAGAACGCUUCUCAGUCUGUGACCAUGAGCGAGGCGAAGAAAGGUGAGCUAGCCAUCCGGGACAAAGCCAUCCUGCACCAGCAGAGACGUCUUAAACAGGCCACCCAGUUCACACACAAGGACUCGGCUGACCUGCUGCCCCUGGAUGGACUCAAGAGACUCGGCACCUCCAAAGACCUGCAACCCCACAGCAUCGUCCAGCGGCGCCUGCUGGAGGGAAACAUCACGCGGCUCCGAGGGGAAGCAAGGGACCCUAGCACUAGGGUUCGUUCACCAUUGGCUGACACCAAGGAUGGACCUGCGGAUGCUGAGGAGAGGAGUGAGAGCACAGCAGAUGACUCAACCGAGGAGAGGGAGUCUCUGGAGGAGAGCGAGAGAAGCCUCCGAUCAGACGAGGAGGAUGAUAACAGCGAUGCUGGAGCCAGACAUUCAGCCGAGAAGUCAGAGAGCACGGACAGCUCGACCUGCCUCACAGCUUUAAUUAUCCAAUGCAAGUGCUGCGAAACUGAAGUCAAGGCAUCCAUCAACACUGGCAGCCUACACAACCACAUCUCCACCUCCUGCUGCCAGAGGCUGGGACUGGUGCCCAGUAAGGACAGUUCCCCAUGUGGCGUUACCAGCUCAGUGAAGGGUCUGCAGCUACAGCUGGGCAGACAGACUGUCCGGUGUUCAGCAUAUGUGAAAGAGGAUGAGGUGUUUGAACUGUGCUUGGGUUUGCAGACACUGUUGGAACUGAAGUGCUGCUUGGAUCUGAAUAGUCAGGUUCUGAAGCUCCAAAGCUGCGACGAGGAGCUUCCCUUCCUGAACACUGUAACCGACGGCCAGUGCCAACACGACACCAACAAAAACCUGUGAGCCGGCUCCACAUCAGCUGUCAAAGUCUUCAUCGUUAACAGGCUUCAGCUGUGUGAAACGAAGCCCUUUGUUGUUGUCCCUCACUGCCAGAACAUGGAUGAGCAUUCACCUCUGUUUUUCUCAAGUUUACAUCUUUGUUUGCUUAUAUUUGUCUGCAGAUUUAAUUUUUUUUUUUUAGAUUAUGUUGAUUCCUCUGUUUUGCUGCUUACUAAAACAGAAAACAUUUAUAAUAAUUAAAAGUGAAUUUAUGUAGAAUCUGCUGUGAUUUGACUACUAAAGGAUUAUUUUGAUUUACACCUCAAUUGCAAAUUGAUUUUUUAUCUAUUAAGUUGAUGUAAAAAUGUGGUUUUAUAUGUUAGGGUGUGACAACAACAAAAAAUGCCUGCACUACCUUUAAAACUCAAUAUACUGUAUAACGCAUUCAGGUCUAUAAACAGUGAUGUGUGCUGUUUAAAAGUUGCAUUUUUUGGAACGAUAGUCACUCAAACUGAUAGAGCAAAUAGGAGUCAACAAACACAUGGAUUAAACCAGUGCUUUCCAACCAUUUUAGCCUUUUGGGUCCGCUCAUAUUUAUAACUUUAUUUACAACAACUCAAAACAAUUUUUAAUAAUUUAAGUUUAGUUAGAGCAGGCAAAUUUAUACGUACAAUCAGCUGGAGUGCCAGAAGCGCAACAUAUCCACACAUUUAUGGCAUUAAAGCUGUGUUUUAUAUUCAACUGCAUGCCCAAUCGUAUAUAAUUAAAUAAAAACGGUGGUUUAUAAUGGUAUUUAAGCUACAACGUAUCAGUUAUGUUUGUUGUUGUUUUAUCAUCAGUGUCUAUAAUAACUUUUUAUCAAUUUUAACAGUUGAAAUGUUUUCCAGUUUAUCCUUUCUUUUGUUUAGCAGUUAAACUUCUCAUGAGGAAGUCAGGACUCAACCAGCUGUGUUCCACUUCUAACUACUGUUAGCAAAAAAGCAAAUAAUACUUCGACAUUUAAACACUGAAAAGAACACUAUAACAAAUUUGUUUUAUGAUGUACAAACACACAAAAGCACAAACAAACAAAAGCACAAGCACACAAACAAACAAACAAACAAACAAACAGCCAAUCACUGCAACUAUUACUGCGCUUUAUACGUGUAGCAGCCAUAUUGGAUCUUGAGGUCCCGGUUUGACAUUCAAGCUCUUCAAUGUCAAAGGAUAUUACAGUUGAUUUUCACACCAUGGUUAGAUGUCACUUUAAUGCCUUUUGAAGAGCAAUCUUUGGCCUUUUUAUUUAGAAAACUAAAUAUAUUAUUCAUUAAAUGUAAUAAUUUGAAAAUCAUAACACUCAUCAAUAUGUCUAAUUGUACGUACAGAAUUAAACAGUGUAUUACUGCAAUAAUCCCAAUGCUUUAUACCUAUAGCAACGAUAUUGGAUUGUUUCCCAGAUGAAAUUCCUACUCCAAGAGGUUUUGCCCAUUUUGAUUUUUCCAACUUCGAUCUGCGAAUGACUGUCUUGUGAGUACAAAUGGAAGACACCAUUAUAGACUACUAAACCUGCAAUAAGUGUUAUUUAAUUGCUCUUCUGGUUGGAAAUUACUGGAUUAAACAACUGACAAAAUGGCAACAUCUGGUAAUUUGGAGACACUAAACAAGUUUUUGACAAAGUAGAGUAAAAACUUAUCCCAAAAAUUAACUCCUUCAAGAAUUAAUCUAUAAAGUGGUACUGUGUAAGAUGCUUUUUACACCAUGUUUGACAAAAAUGAUGAAAUGGCUGAAAUGUAUUUUAAAACGCUUGGAAUUAGGCAUGGGUCAGACUAGUUUCUCAAGAGAAUAUGACUAAUUUCUGCACAUAUAGAUAUCUAAAAAAUACCACAAUUCUAACUUUAUACAACUUUUUAAAAAUAAUCAUUGUAAGAUUGCUUUUUGUGAUUUUAACAAACACUCUUCAACCUAUCACAGUGGUAUGGAUUUUAUAACAACAUUUUCCAGAAAAUCCCCAAAAAGCAAUCAAACAAUGGAAGCAACAACAAUGCUAAAACAUUCCAUCUGCAUGACUUUGUCAAGUUCAGCCUUCAUAUAAACAAGUCUGCAUGUGGUGUUGUAGUCAGAAUAUGUCACGUUGAAAGUCUGUAGGGGCAGGAUGUGAGUAUGUUUUGUGUGCAUGUUUGCGUUUCAACUCACAGCAAGGUUUUGUUCCUUUUUUCGGCUCCUGCUUCACAUGGGAAAAAACCAGAAUCAUUCCAGUUUUCCGCCACUGGGUUCCAAACAGAACACGCUGCCAAAAGUUCACCCCAGCUGCCUUCAUUUUCUGCCUCUUUUAGGAGACAUUAAUUACUUGGCUGUGUCUCAACUCCAUGCCAAGGUCUCCUCUUCAUGCUAAUCUUUCCAGAUAUGGUCUUUCGAGAUAUAAAUAUUUCACAUUUUUGGCAGGUCACUUCAUUUUUACUGAUUUGUCCAUAGGAAGUAAGCAAAUAGUCAUCAUCCUGGCAACCUGAAUUAUAUGUUUUAAUGGUUCAGAGGACCAAAAACUGUUUUAUCAAAGGCUUUAAUGCGCUGUUUUGAAAAUACAUGAGCCCAAUCAUGCUUUGGACUGUGCUGCACAGUAUCCAUCCACACGAAGAUUGGCAAUUUUUGUUUCUUUUAAAUGUACUAGUGACCUUCCUAUGCUAUGUGAAAGAAAUUAAUGUAUUAAAGAAAUUUAUUUUUGGUGUUUUAUCUCUUGUGAAUAGUAUUUUCUCUGCUUAAUAAAAUCUGUAUUCUGGCUA